UUUCCAGGAAAAGAUGCUGCAGUUUUUACGUUGCAAAACAAAUGCAAGGAAAAAGUAUGGCCUGGGAUUCUAAACGGGACGGGGAAACCUCAACUCGCUAAUGGAGGACUUACUUUGAAUCCAGCACAAAUCGUGCACAUCAAUGCGCCAAUUGGGUGGUCUGGCCGACUUUGGGCACGGACUGGCUGCACAUUUGAUCCGUCAGGUAAGGGAAAGUGCAUCAUUGGUGACUGUGGUGGUGGUCUAAACUGUGCAGGGGUAGGAGGUGCACCUCCAAUAUCACUAGCUGAGUCUACACUCAGCAGCCCAAUGGAUUUUUAUGAUGUUAGUCUUGUUGAUGGCUACAAUUUGCCGAUUUUUGCAAUCCCUUCCGGCAGUACAUGUGAUAAAUGCAAGGCUAUUACGUGUGUGUCGGACUUGAAUCAAAAGUGCCCCAAUGAGGUACAAUCGGUAGAGAAAGGCAAAGUGGUAGGAUGUAAAAGUGCAUGCAUAGGAUUCAACAAGCCUGAAUCUUGUUGCACUGGUGCUUUUGGAGACCCUAAUACAUGCAAACCAACCCAAUUCUCCACAAUAUUCAAGGAAUCUUGUCCGAUGGCUUAUAGUUAUGCCUAUGAUGAUCUGACUAGUGCCUUUACUUGCAAUGGAGCUAAUUACUUGAUUAGCUUUUGUUGA